GACGUUGACAUGCUGCCAGGGCCCAGGAUGGACCUCGCGGCUGGGCUAGCGGACCUCUUCAGAAGAGAGCCACCGUGCAAAAAGUGCGCGUACAUCUUGCCGGUGUUCGAGCUGGACGCGAGACUGGCUGGCCCACCGAAGGACAAGUGGGAGCUACAACAGCUGGUGGAGGACAGGCUGGCCCGUCCUUUCCACUGGGAAAUCUUCAAGGACAACCAGAUGUCCCUGGAUCCGACUCGCUGGCUGCAGCACGCUAACGCCUCUUCGACGCAGUUGUCCGUGGCCUACAGCGUCAAGUACGGAUGGGCCUUUGAGCCGGUAUAUGUGGCAGCCAGCGGAGAGCUGCCCCUGUUUGACGAGAGCUUCGUAGGGUACGGCUUUACAAGAAACACGCAAGCAUACGAGAUGUUUGCCUCCGGUUGGCGGUUCUUCGUCCUGGACGACGCGUUCCUCAUUCACUGGGGCCUGCAGUCGAUAGAGAAGCGGCCCAAGUGGCGCUGGAAGGAGAACACCAUCAACAGCGAUCGAUUCCGCAAGUGGGUGAAUCGAGUCGCUCUCAAGUACGACGUGGACGAGAUGAAGCUUACGUGGAGAUACGCCGACUACGACUCGGCUAUGACGACGUGCCCUCGGCAAAAGUGCAAAUCAGCGCGACCCAAACCUACAAAGUCAACUCCGUCACCAAAGAAGCAGGAAAAACCUGCAAAGGCAACUCCGACACCAAAUAACCAGGAAAAGCCUACAAAGGCAACUCCGUCACCAAAGAAGCAGGAAAAACCUACAAAGGGAACUCCGUCACCAAAGAAGCAGAAAAAACCUGCAAAGGCAACUCCGACACCAAAGAAGCAGGGAAAGAAGGCCUAGGCCCAACGAGAUGUGGAAUUACACAGAAAGUGUUCGUGACAGCAGACUGAAAACGUGUUAGCUAGUCUUCAAACUGUGCAUAUUUGUUUUUUUUUAUGAUUUCUUACUGAAGUACUGUCUAUGUUUAUUGAUGACACUUAGGAACAUUUGCACGGAAACUGAAACAAGCUUCUGUUGCUUACACUGUGGACAUGUCUUUGGUGCCUCUAUGAAAAAAAAUGAGUCAUGGGUUUAGCUCUGUUUUCAUCAACCAUUACUUGUGGGCUUGCCUUAUUGUUUC